GCCUCCGAGAGGUGGACCGUGCGUCCCUUUCCGUUGCGUGCUCCGCCAAAGCGAUAUGCGUGCCCUCAUUUCGCUCGUCGCUCUUUUCCUCGUAUGUGCCACGUGUGCGGAUGCAGCUCCACUCAGCAGCUUCACUGUGUACAGCAGGGAAUGGGCCGAAAACACUUGCUCUCUCUCUCCCGACCCAUAUAUAGGGGUUGCCGACGUUGCCACUGGAGAAAAGCAAGAGAAUAGAGGGACAAUCGGUUGCAGUGCUGCGCAAAGCAUCCGCAGUGUCUAUACCACCGGCAUCUUUGCGACGGAUUGGGAGAGCCUAUCUGACGAGCAAUUUAAGACCAACAUGAAGGUGAGAGAGUGAAGAACAAAGACGUGAGACACUCCUGUGUCCUGCCCACCUCGCUGCCUGCUGCAGGAUGUGACUCGUGAGUUCAAGGAAGACGCAUACUCCAAGGUGAGCUGCUUCGCUUCGUCAUGAAGCUGUCUACGGACGUCAUGGUGCUCCUCUUGUUGUUUAGUUCGCCACACUGCGUCUUAAAGAAUUUCAGUGGAACCGAAUGGGUUCCACUGAAGACAAGAAGGACCGAAUGCACAUCGGUAAGUUGACGCAUGGGUCGAGCAAAAGGAAACCUGUCCUUGCCCGUGGGUGCCGUGCGGUGCGCGCAGGUGUCUCUGCCCAAGACAUCAUGAGAGUGCUUCCAGGCAAGGGGACGAGCGGACACGCACUCUUCUUGCGGACGCGUGAUGAGUCUGUGUCUGUGCAUUCUCCCAGAUGCGGUCAAUGUGUAUAUGGAGCCCACGGGAGGGGGCGCAAACUCGAACAUGACCGAGGUCCAUUACAUCGACAUGAACUAUAUGAACUAUCUUCAGAUGUCCGUAGUCCAGCAACUGCAGAAGCGUACUGAGGUGGUCCAGCAGCUGGAGGAACGUGUCGAGGCACUCGAGAAUCAGCUGGCCGACAUCCAGGCGGAACAGGAGAACGGCUUCAUGACCAUGCUCGAGCAGGCCCUCAAGGACUUUAGAGGCGGCCGCGACUGAGGACUGGCCUUGCUGACUUGGCUGGCUCAUACAUAUGAAAGGUGUGCAUCGUGCUCUACGCUGUUUGUUGUUGGAGUGUGUGUGUGCGUGACUCUUUUUCGUCUGCUUCCGUCCUAUUCGUUUUUGCAAAUGCAACGGAAGGCGACCGCCCUGCUCCCGUGUGCAGAGCGGGCGUGCAUUACACGCAAAACACCCUUGUGUGAACGUGUGUAUGCGCGUCCCAUCUGCACUGUCUAUCGGUGUUUAUGUGUUGCACUUGCUCUCUGGUUGUGUAUCUGCAUGUGUGUCCGCAUGGAUGUGAUCGUUCAUCUCGCUCGGUAGCCAGUGGUGCUUGCAGGCAAUGACCUUGCGAGCUGCACAUCUGGAAUUGCUUGCACACACACAUCUCCCUCAAGAGAGUUCAUGUGGUGGCUGAGUACAUGUGCAUGUUUCUGUCUGCACAAAGGUCAUUUGCCCUUUUACGUCUCACCCCAUCUGUCCUCUUGUCACUCGCAGGUAAGUGGCUGUCACGUGAUGCGUGCUCGCGUGUGCAUGUCGAUAGAUGAGCAUACAGGUGAUUUGUCCUUCUGAACUUGGCGCCUGGUGUGUAUGGGUGUCUGUGUGACCUGCCGUCUCGGGCGGGUACACAAGAGCGGGCACAUCACGUGCGCAGACACCACCCCCAAGUCAUUUUCACUCCCACACGCCCUUUUGUAAUUCGGUGUAAUUCUUUGGACAACAAAUGUGGACGAAUUUUCAUUUUGAUUUAGACAUUGAUUCUGUCGGUGCCUCUCCUGACG